ACAAAUCAAGCACAUUGACCUUAGUUACAGUUAGCUACUUUCUUAACAUUCUUUUUGGGACAUUUGUAAAUAAAACAUUAGGAAUUCUAAUUUUGUACACGAAGCUUCUGUAUUUGGAAUUGUGAAACUUGUUUAUAAAAUUAAUGGAUUUGUCACUAUGACCUUUAAAGUGCUGUUUGAUGUGGGGAGCCGUCAAUUAAUAUUUCGGCAAGUCGGAAAACGAAAACCAUUCGAAAAUCAACGUCUAAAAUCAAAUUUAUUAUUCGAAGAAUUUAUUGUUGGCACGGAAUCAAACGAUAAUUACAAGCUAAAAUCUUCAUCGCAGCGGGGUAUAUCAUUUCAUCUACAUAAAUUAUACUCGACAGUAUUAACAAAUCUAAACUGCCGCAGCAAUUCACAUUCGAAAGCGCUAGAACUGGAAAAGUCACAAACUUUAUUAAAAAUGUCCACAUUAAACGGUGUACCUUUAACUAUUUUACAUUACAACGAUGUCUAUAAUAUAGAAGCAAACAGCGGGAAGGAGCCCGUAGGAGGCGCUGCGCGUUUUUGCACUGCACUGAAGUCUUUUGCUCAUCUCAAUCCACUGAUACUUUUCAGUGGUGAUAUUUUCUCUCCUAGCAUGUUAAGCACAUUCACUCAGGGCGAGCAAAUGCUACCAGUAUUGAGAAGAACGGGCACCCAUUGUGCUGUCUUUGGAAACCACGAUUUUGAUCACGGCUUGGACGUACUGGUAAACUUAAUAAAGAAUACCGAUUUUCCUUGGCUCAUGUCCAAUGUGGUUGACAAAGAAACCGGUAGACCACUGGGAGGUGGAAAAGUUACGCAUACCAUAUUACAUGAUGAAAUAAAAAUCGGUCUGGUGGGACUUGUCGAACGCGAAUGGCUGGAAACCUUGCCCACCAUAGAUCCAAAUGAAGUUAGCUAUAUCGACUAUGUCGAUGCUGGUAACAAAUUAGUAACCCAGUUGCGUAAAGAAGGUUGUGAUAUUAUAAUCGCUUUGACGCACAUGAGAACGCCGAAUGAUCUUAAGUUGGCGGCCAAUUGUUCGGGUAUAGAUCUCAUUCUUGGUGGUCACGAUCAUGUUUAUGAGAUUAAGGAGGUUAAUGGUGUGAAAAUUGUAAAGUCUGGCACUGAUUUUCGACAGUUUUCGAAGAUCACUUUAGAUAAGGAACGUGAUGAGAAUGGCAAACUUCUGAUAGAAAUUGAACCAGUGAAUGUUACAUCAGAUUUUGCCGAAGAUAAAGAACUCAAGGAGGAACUGGAAAAAUACUCAGAGGUUGUUGAGGCUAAAAUGACCGAAGUGCUGGGCAACUUUAGUGUGGAGUUGGAAGGCCGCUUUUCCAUCAUUCGCACGCAGGAAACGAAUUUAGGCAAUUGGGUAUGCGAUGUUGUACUCGCUGCUACCGGCGCUGACGUGGUCAUCAUCAACGCAGGCACGUUUCGCUCAGAUCAAAUACAUCCCCCGGGACCGUUUACAAUGCGUGAUUUAGUUAAUAUUAUACCGAUGCGUGAUCCUCUCAUACUUUUAAGUAUUAGUGGUAAAUGUUUGUGGGAAGCUUUGGAGAAUGCCGUCUCAGCUUAUCCGAAAUUGGAAGGUCGAUUUCCCCAAGUAAGUGGCGUGACAUUCGCCUUUGAUCCCGCCAAACCACCCGGGCAACGUAUUGAUCCACGGUUAAUACAGGUAGCCGACGAAUUGAUUAAUUUACAACAAAUGUACAAAAUAUGUAUUAAAAGCUAUAUACAUAACGGUUGUGAUGGCUUUACAAUGUUUAAAAAAGCACAAAUUUUGAUCGACGAAGACCUAUGCCCUGAACUGGGUCUGACCAUACAAAAUCAUUUCAAAGCAAUCAAUAUACGCAAUGACAAAAGCGACCACCAUACCAAACAUCGACAAUCCUUAGUUACGCUCUCGCGGCGUCACAGUAUGGUACAAAUGCUCGAGAAUUUGCAUCUAGAUGGACCAUCGCCCAUAAGAAAAUUAUCUGUUGGUCAUCAGGCGAAAUCUGUAGAUCAUCAUACUAACAGCAAAGCUUCCAAGAUGUUAAGACGCGCCUCUUUAGAUGAUUUGGAACAGGCAAGUUGCGAAUUGGCUCCGAUUGUACAGCAGCGUAUCAUUCAAAUUCAGGAUGAAGAACACUACAAACACUUGUUGUUGAAAAGUGAAUCUUUUAUGAAGAAUUCUGUGAUUACCGAAACCGAAGAGGAGUAAAUAAAGGUAUUCUUAAAAAGAUAUACAUACAUCAGUUCUCUUCUAUGAGUACAAAUUAGUGCGACUACAAUUGAGCUACUACUGUAUUAGACAAAUUACUAUGCUAUAGUCUAAAUAAUGAAAAUAUAAGCAUAUUUCUAAACUAAA